AGCGGCCGUUGGGGCGAGCCACGCCCCUUCCUCCUCUCCCGCGAGGCGCUCUAGUCUAUGGCCAAACGGCGUUCUGAGCCGUUGGCGCUGGGCUCCUCGCCUUGCCCGCGCUUCCUGCCCCCGAAGCGCUCGCGCAGGGAGCUCCAGCCGCCAUGGGCCGCGCGCUGGCUGGGAGGCGGAGGCGGCGGCGGGGGCCAGAAGCGCAAGUGGGAAGAAAGCAUGGAGCCCCCAGGAGGAGGAGGAGGAAGGAGGAGGAGCAACAACGGCGACCAGGAAGAAGAAGAAGAAGAAGUAACGGUUAACUGCGAGCGUCCCUCCUCCUCCUCCUCUGCUGAAGAGAGCGCGAAGGAGGAAAAAGGGCAGGCACUCCUCUGCAACGCCUCCCUAACGCCUGAAGAGGGCGCCUCGAAGAGCAUAAGCCCGGCCCAGAAGGAGAAUGAAGAUGAUGUUUGGCGCUACAACUCUUUCCAGUACUGGAGAUCUCCUUUACCUACCAUCCAUCUGUCCGAUAUUCUGGAUUUAGAAAACAACAAAGCAGUAGAUGAAAGAGAGACCAGCAGUAUUGGCAUGUCAGAAAUGGAAACCUGAAAAAUGACAUUUUGGCAAAUCUACUAACAUAAGGACUGUACUUCAAAGUUAGUAAAGGGAAUUUGAAUAGUAUAAAGCACUUCAGAAGAGUGUGCCCUAAUGUGCAGCCAGCAGAAAUAACAUCAAUGAGAUCUGUACUGUCUUUAUUAGAAGUGCUAAUCCAAUGAUGAUGAUAAUGCUAGUAAUAAAAAUCCACACUUCUGUGCAGAACGAAUAUUAUUGUGGCAGACAUUUUCUCCCAGUAAUGACCUCUGUACAAGUUUUCUUCCACUUGCUGAUAACUGGGAGGUACAAUUGAUGCUAAGAGUUUAGUCAAAUACAUAUACCAUAAUGGACAAGGAAAGGAAACCAGGGCAAAGAAAAACAUUUGAGCACACUUUUCAGAGCUAGAUGAUGGAGAUGUUGGUCCUGGAGAGUUCCAGUGCUGCCCACUUAAAUAUAUAGGAUUUUUUUUAUAACUUGUAUUAUAUUUUUACAUGGACUUUAGUGUAAGUGUUCUUUACUAUUGCAUCAGUGUGACUUCCUGAAAUCAAAAAAUGUAUCUUUAAACUUCAGACAGUUGUUUCAUUUUCAGUCAAGUAAUGGGCCAUUAUUUACAGUAAUACACCAUAACUUUGGCAUAUUUUAUAAAAGCCUUUGGAUGGUAUGAAAAAAAUUCCACUAGUUUUAUUUAUAAAGUAUGUUGUACUAUUUAUAGUGACAAUGUCAUUUUGAUAAUAUUUUCCCUGAGGACAUGGAUGCAUUGUCAGUAAACAUUUUUUGAGGCAGAGGAGAGACUGUUUCUGAUAUUUGUGUUCAGUUUUGAUUGCAUAUGUUUAUAUUUUUUUCCUUUUUGCAUAAAAGAAAAUAUAGUUAGACUUGUGUGCAACUUGGAACGUGAUUUUUUAUUUGCUUUCCCACUGUCUAACGGUGCAUACUUCUGUUUGUAUCUUUGUCCACAUGUAAUUCAGUGUACACUAUGUAUAUUUAUACAUUAGAGAGGUUCACUGUGACACACCUUCUCAAAACAAGCCCAAUGAGUUCAUAUUCAUAAUUUCGGUGAUAUAUGUUCAAUGGGGCUUGUUCCUAGGAAUUGUGAUUGCAACCCAAUCAGGAUAUAGAUGUACAUGCAUAUUUAUUCUCCUUGUGAGUAUAAGAACAUGUUACAUGUGGAUA